CGUCCGGGCUGUGCGUUGUUUGUACGCUGGUGGCUAAAAGUCAGCUAAUGUGUUAGAGUUGGUGGCGUUGGGCAUUUUUAAGUGUCGGGUUUUUACGUUGUUGGUUAACUUUUUAAACAGUGUUAACCCACUGAAAGAAACACCCUCUAAUAGCUUAAUUUUCGUCGCUAUUUGUAGUAGAAGAUUAUUUAGCCAUCUGGCUAGGAGGCUAACAGGGACCACAAUGGAGGGCAGCGCCAGCGUGAGGAAAGCACUGUCUGGGACUCUCGUCCCUUUGGCGGUCUCAACAGUGGCACUUCAACAGCAACCAGAGGAUAAGGAGAAGGGAACGCUGAAGAGAAACGUCCUGGAUGAGGAGGAGUACAUUGAGAGCUUAGAGAAAAUUAUCCAGAGGGACUUUUUCCCAGAUGUGACAAAGCUGCAGGCACAGAAGGAAUAUCUUGAAGCAGAGGAAAAUGGAGACCUGGAGAGGAUGAGAGAAAUUUCCAUCCGAUACGGAUCUUCGUUGACAAAAUCUACACCGCAGUCUUCUGCACCAUAUGUGACGCCUGCUAGCUUUGAAACACCAGUGGGCCAGUUGGGAUCCCCUGCUUCCACUUAUUCUGCUAAAGCUGUAGAUGGAGAGAAGAGGGCUGACGACACAGAAGAACAAAAUCUGCCCAGCCUGGACCGCUUCCUCGCUAAGAAUACCAGUGAGGAUAAUGCAUCCUUUGAACAGAUAAUGGAUCUGGCAAAAGACAAGGAGAAACUGAAGCAUGCCUGGUUGUAUGAGGCUGAGGCUGAAUUCAAACAGCGUCAUGAGCAGAACCUUGCCUUACCAUCAGUAGAGAAGGCAGCACUCGAAUGCACCAAAGCUGGACUGGAGACCUGGGAGUACAAAGCCAAGAAUGCCUUGAUGUAUUAUCCAGAGGGUGUUAAAGAUGAUGAUGCCAUCUUCAAGAAACCAAGGGAGGUGGUUCACAAGAACACUCGCUUUGUUGGAGACCCAUUCAGCAAAGCUCUCAACAAGAGCCAGAUUCAGCAGGCAGCAGCUCUCAAUGCACAGUUCAAACAGGGUAAAGUAGGUCCUGAUGGGAAAGAGCUUAUCCCACAUGAAUCCCCAUCAAUGAAUGGAUAUGGUUACGUAAAAACUCCUUCACCUGCACCUGGUGUAGCCGAGUCACCUCUGAUGACCUGGGGUGAGAUCGAGAGCACACCAUUUCGUCUGGAUGGAUCAGACACCCCGUAUGUUGAGAGGAAUCAUGGACCUUCUUUUAAGAUCCCAGAACCAGGGAGACGAGAAAGGCUUGGUUUAAAGAUGGCCAACGAGGCUGCCGCUAAGAACCGUGCAAAGAAACAGGAAGCGUUACGAAAAGUCACAGAAAACCUUGCAAGCCUGACGCCUAAAGGUUUGAGCCCGGCCCUCUCACCUGCCCUGCAGCGGCUCGUAAAUCGGACUUCCAGUAAAUACACAGACAAAGCACUGCGAGCAAGUUACACCCCAUCACCCUCACACAGACUCGCUGCAUGCAAGUCUCCCUUCGGGGGCCCGGCGACUCCUUCGGGAACGCCAACGCCAAACAAAGCAAAGACUCCAAUUUCUCAGGACGUCACGUCGCUCACAGACAAUCUGCUGCAGCUUCCCAAAAGACGGAAAGCAUCAGACUUUUUCUAAGAGCAGCACCUCUCUGCUUGGAUUGUACAAAAAAAGACUUAAUAUAUACAUUAAAGAGCACAUCAUUUUGCUGGAGGACUGGAAAAAGAAAUAAAUGGUGGAGUAGAGACUGUAAAAACUUUAUGCACUAAAAUGCAACAAAGGUCAUUGUAGGUCCAAGAGAAAUAAUUUGAAUGUCUGAAUUCUAUUUUGAUUUUAUUGUCUUUAUCUCGCAUACAAGGGUUUUUGUUUUUUUUAAACAGCUCCUGCUACUCUAACAGACUGACAUUCUCAACAUGGGAAUGCUGUCAGAACUGAUGGUAAAGGGACCUUUUUUUUUUUUUUUAACUUGCCGCAGAUUUAAAGUGUCACUCUGUCAGUUGUGUGCAUCCUAGUUAAAGUUAACAUUUUAUUUGAUCUAAGUAUGUUUUAUCUCAAAGAAAAAGGUGCUUGUGUAGAGUUGCCACACACUUUUCGUGUCCAUAUGUCCAUUUAAAGAAUGAGUGGCCUGACUAAAAAAAAAAAAGAUUUUUCCAAUGUUAGCGAUUCCUUUCUUGUGCAGGACAGCACUAAGACAUGGCAGAGACAAUAUUUAAAUUUAAAAUAAAUAAAGCCAAUACGAAACUUCAGUCAAGUAGUUAUGAAAGCUUGUCAACAUUUCAAGUUGCUAUCUCAAAGUUUUGAUUACGGAUGGCAAAAAAAGUUUUGGGUUUUUUGUUCAGUGGUGGAAAGGAGCUUCCAUAAGUAGGUGUCAUCUGACAACACAACUAUUUUCGUACAAAGGUCUCACCUGUUUCCCCUUACCUCCAUCAUUUUUUGAUGGAGGUAAGGGUGAAUAAUAAAACAUCAUUAUUGUUUCAGCUGAAUUUACUCCUUUUUAAUAAGCUACUGACUCUAAAUGAUGUUGUAUUAAAGUGGGAAGAGAUUGCA